CGCGAGGUCUACCCAAUGGUGGAUGAUAUUGUGAAAGAGAAUGCCGCCCAUAUUUUCAGAGGCCUAAGAGACUCGGCAUCUAGUGCUCGUCACAGACCAAUGUCGAAAAUUAUUCCGCCGGAUAGCUUUUGUUAAUCACCCAUCAACUUUUUGUCGUAACAUUGAUGAGUAUAUCUCACUUUUGGAUACUCAGACUCCUACCGACCUCCUCCUGAAAAACAACUCUGAGUUAUCAACGUAUAUGUUCGAUAUUGGAGCACAAAUCCAGCGUUUGGCGUGCGCAUGUCUAACCAUCGUACAUGACAUAUUUGACUCUGUGCUUUACCCAGAUUCCGACAGUACUCCGACUAGCGAAGAGGACUUGCACGAUGCUACGUAUUCUUUCUCUUGGGUUAAAGAAUACCGGGUUUACCGAGCUCUGUGGUACAUGUGCUAUCAUUCGGACCUCCAUGGCGCCUUGAAUCAAUGGCACUGGCCCUCAGAAUCAAUAUACAGAUUGUCUGAGCCUGCUAUUAUGCUACAUGUUAUGGAAAGCUCCAUCGUUUACCAAAUUUGGCGAGCCGAAUUGUGGCUGGAAUGCCUGGGGUUGCGUUGCGUCCCUGCACCACGCUGGUUUCGCUCCUGGGGAGGCCCACUGACACUUUUUCCAAAUAUUAAAUCCUUCAGCUGCGCUGAAUAUCCCGCCUGGCCUUUCCUUGCCCUGCCAGCAGAAUCCGAUGGGAGCGAUAUUAGGGGCCGUACAUUUCACCCGUCACAAGCGGGGUUCGAAUCCUAAUCGCGCGAGCUGUGUCUGAAUUUGCGCUGUAUUAUUAUUCUUUAGUAAUAUUCAGAUAGAGAUUUGGCAGCUUCAUUACUCUACUUUCCAAGAGCUACGGAUUCACUGCGCCAGAAGUCAUGAUAUAGAUACUCUGGGCUCAGGGUUAGCAAUCGGCGGGCCGCCCCGCCAGCUCCAGUCCCCACUCGUUCGCGUCCCUCACU